AUGCUGCUGACAGAACUGACACCUGAAACUUCGUAUGAAGCUCCAUCAACUUCAAAUAUAUUUAGUAACCGCCAAGAGGAAUCAAUACCCGGAACGUCUAAUGACACUCCAUCUGCUUCGAAUGAAUGGAGCUCUCAUCAAAUGCGUCGUAUUCGAAACAGUUUCGAAGAGUCGCUUCAAGAUCAGCCACAGUCAAAAAUAAUUAAGAUGAUGUCGAAAAUAGUAACUGACGGAAUUGGCGGGGAAAACCUUAACAGAAGCUCUGCUAAAGGAUUAAAGUUCAUAAUAAGUGAGUGUCUGAAAAGUCCAACUCAACCUAAAAAAUAUGCAACAUCCAUCAAAGCGAAAGCCGAACCCAAACCCUAUACCCCUGAUGAAGCCCUUUCUUUCGUAAUUGAUAGAAAACUAACUGUGGAAGAUUAA